GCCCACCUUCUUCCGCAAGGCGAGGUGCCGUCUCGAGCAUUAGAGGCCGGGGAAUUGUUUCCUCGGAGCAUCGCCCCUCAGGGCGGAAGUUGAGGGGUUGUUGGGUGUUUUUUUUAACUUAUUUUCUUUUUUGGACGGAGCAUUUUGCGGUGGGGAUUCCACCAUGAUGCCACGACGUGGCCGGGGGAGACGACUCCAACUUGCAGCGUUCAACAGGAGGACUCUACCUGUCUCUCUUCAGCGGUCCCCUUUCUCUCAUGCGAUGGAAGGAGGAGUAUCUGAUGAGCCUUUGGACAUGGUGGUUGCUCCCGCUGGUUCGUUGGAGCCAGGGGUGAAAGAGGAGACGCCCUACCCAUCCUCGGUGCAUGACCUGUUCUCCUAUUUGAAGGAAAAAGAAGAGGAGGAAGAGGAAGAGGUGGACGCUGCUGACCUUGGGAGCUUUUCACCCAGCCCUUCUGUCUCAAUGAUGGUGAAGCAGCACUGCCCUUCCGAAGUCCAUGAGAUGCUGUCCUACUUAAAAAAGGAGGAAGAGGAGGAGGAAGAGGUGGCCAAGAUAGCGUCUCUGUCUCCACCGCGUAUUCUUCCACUCCCUGCUCCCCCUUCUGUUCUACCAGCCUAUGCAUCUACAGCUACGCUGGGCAGGUCCAUCCUUCCGGGAGGAAAGAAAAUGUUCCAUUACUUCACCCCCGUAGCCCACCUCUCUACUUCAGCUCCCCCCAAACGGGGCCAUGAUCAGGCGGUAUUAACGGAUGGAGUCCCACCAUAUGUGCAGAAGAAAACCACCUCAGCAGUUUGGGAUUACUUCACUCUGGACCCACGGGAACCCUGCGUGGCUGUUUGUAGUAUGUGCCAGAAACGGGUGAGGAGAGGGAAGGAUGGAGGCACCCGACCAGGCACCACAGCCCUUCAUAAGCACUUGAAGGUCCACCAUGGACUUCACCUGCCAGGCGUCGCGGUGGUUCCUCCAUCCCUGCUGAUGCCCCUGAAGGAGAAAUCCCACCGCACUCCCAUGCUGGUCACUGAGCCGUCUCCUCCAAUCUUCCCAUUUGCCCAGCCAGAGAGUAACCAACCCUACUACCCUCCAACCCACCCAACAGCCAUCCAGUUGGCUUCCAGUACCGCUUGGAUGCUCGCGGUGGACAUGCAGCCCUUCUCCUGGGUGGAGAGUGAAGGAUUUCGUCGGCUGAUGGCCACUGCCCAGCCUCGUUGGAGGAUCCCUAGUCGGGCAUUCUUUACCACCAAGGCAGUGCCUGAGUUAUCCAAAGUGGUGUCCCGGGCCGUACGGCAAACUGUAGCCUGCAGCGUCGGCCGCACAGUCCAUAUCACAAUAGACACCUGGGGAGAAAGGCAAACAGCCAUGUACAUGUCAGUGACAGGACACUGGAUUGCAGACUUAGCAGGCACCCUUGCCAGGCAACAUGCCACUCUGUCGGUGUGCACCUUUGAAGGCUGCUGUGCCCCAGAAGACAUCUGCCACAAACUGCAAGAAGUCCUCCAGGAUUGGCUGUAUGAUCUGAAGACAGGGAGCGUAGUGGCCGACAGCGGAACCAACACAGCAAGGGCGGUGCGAGAACUGCACCUCAACCACGCUCCUUGCCUGGCCCGUUGUCUGAAGCUGGUCACCAAAGCAUUUUUAGCCAGGGAUUCGCAAGUCGGACGUCUCCUGAAGACUUCCAGGAGGAUCUGCAGCUGUUACCAUCGCUCGGCCACCGUCCGACAGCGUCUCCUGGAAGUGCAGGCCAACUUGGGCUUGCCUCAGCCUCUGGGGCCAAGCGCUCAAGCGAGGUCCAUUUCCACCUUGCUAAUGUUGGAGUGCCUGUAUAGGCAGCGCCGAGCCAUUGUGGCCAUGCUGGAUGAAGACGAAGACGAUUCCCACCUGCUCUUGGCACCUGCAGACUGGAAGGUGAUGAAGUGCUUGGUGGAGAUCUUGAAGCCAUUUGAGGAUGCCACUGCGCUGCUUAUUCAGCCUGAUGCAACUCUCUGCCAAGCCCUUCCUCUCCUAUGGUUCUUGGAGGAGCAACUCAGGGCGUUGAGGACCAGAUACUACCAAGAAAAUAAUAAUACUGCAGCUCACCUGACCACGCAGGCGUUGGACUGUCUUGAGGCUGACAAUCAGCUGAGAGAAAUAAAGGACAGUAUGAUGUAUCGGAUCGCAGCCUUCCUUGACCCCCGAUUCAGAGACAUCACCACCAUGAAGCUCGGUGGGACAAACCUGAGUGAUGCAGCCCUACUGAAGGAGCAUAUCGUUGGCUUGGCCACCAGGUCCUACGUGCCUCCUGGAGGAGCAUAUAUGGAGUUCUCGCCCGUCAGCCGCUCUUCUCAAGAACAAAAUGCCAGUUCUGGCAGCUCAGCGGCUUGGGAGUUCACCAUGAAACGCUGGAGGGCCAUCACCAAAAGUGAUCCUGCCUCCAGUUUAGCUUCUGAAGGAGGAGCAGCCGUAGCCCUUCGGGAAAUGGAAGAGUAUCUCCAUGACAAUGUGGACCAUAUCGGAGAAAAUGCGGACCCAAUGCUGUACUGGCAAGGGAAGAUGGCGACGUGGCCGUCUCUCUUCAAGGUAGCUGUGUUCCACUUUGGGUGCCCACCCACAUCUUCAUCAUCCUCUGAAGAGCCCUGCAGUGCUCCCAGUUCAUUGGGGCCAAGAGACCACACCAGGAACCUCUCCCCAGCCAACGUUACAAUGUUCACGUUCAUCCGUAGGAACCGCCACCUCAUCCCGCAAGAUUGGAGGCUCUCCCUUGGAGAUCUUUCUUCCCAGAGUCCCCUGGGCCCAAGAGAGGACCUGAGUGUGGAAGAGGAAGAUGACCUUCUAAGACUGGAUGAAGAGCAGGAGGACAAGUGAUGAAAACAUCUGGACGUGAAUCGCUACAGUGGCAUACCCUUAUUCAUUUGUUACAGCCGGAAUAACUGUCUUCUUGUACCUUAUAGAGAUUCUUAACACUUGUUAAAAUUGAUUGGAGGUUCCAAAUGGCACCUCUGAAUCAGUAAAUGAAGCCUCAGUCACGCAGGCCAAAAGUAUCUAAUAAUGGUUAAAUCAUGGCAUCUGGACCAAAGUUUGUUAAACAGAUACUUCAUUACUCAUCCAAGUAACUUUUCAGUCUUUUUUUUUUAAAUAGUUGUUGGAAUGUACUAACUCUUGCCAUACAAACUGCAAGAGUUUCUCCCCAAAAUGUUUUUCAAUGCGUAAUGAAGACUCAAUCAUCCAGGCCAAAAGUAUCUUAAGGUUAAAUCAUGGCAACUGGACCAAAAGGUGGUUAAACUGAGACCUUUUGUUACUCGUCCAAGUAACAAGAGUUAGUACGUUCCAACUACUUUUCGAUUCUCCGCCUAACUUUUUUUUUUCAAUUUUGACCGAAGAAGUUACUUUGAUGAGUAACGAAACAUCUCAGUUUAACAAGCUUUGAUCCGGUUGCUCUGAUUUAACCUUUUUACACCUUUGGAAUCAACUAUACUUCUUCUGGUCUGAGACUCUUAUAUUUAUAUUGGUGGUAGUGUGGCAGUAUCUUCCCCAUUUCACCAGUGGACGUGCAGUUUCUGUAUUUUCAGUACUUGGCUGAUAAAAUUCUCGAAACAGA